AUGGCGGCCCCAGACUCUAAUACCACGGACAACAAAAUCUACGCUCUAAUCAACUACGAAGACCCCUACGUCCAACCCCUCAUCAUCGCCGCCCUCAAGAAGCGCUUGCCGAAAUCGUGUUAUGAGUUGAUCACUUCAUCAUCCCAACUCCCCAGCCCUUCAUCCCACCUCAUCCAAUGGGUCCAAUACGAAUCCAUCGACUUCGACCACCUCAUGGAAAACUCCUCCAGUAGUCUCGCCAACGCCUACAUAAUCCGCAAAGCCCUAAUCCGGAAACACUACCUCAGCACCACCAUCGCGAAUUGGAUCACCAAGUACCCGGAUAGCGUACUCAAGAAACACGUGAAACCGAGUGUGGAGUUUGAAGUUGAUUACGCCGAGUUUUUGGAUGAUGCAUUGGUGGAGGCGUGGGAGUUGAAGGAGAGUUGGGCGCGGAAUGAAAGUUUGGGAGAGGGGGAGGAGGAGAAGAGGGAAUGGUGGAUUCUGAAACCUGGGAUGAGUGAGAGGGGGCAGGGAAUCAGGUUGUUUAGCAGUGAGGAGGAGUUGACUGAGAUUUUCGAGGAGUGGGAUCCUGAGAGUGAUGAUGAGGAAGAAGAGGAGGAGGAGGAGGAUGCGAGAAGUGACGCCGGCAGCGGUAUUGGCAGUAAGGGUGAGGGAAAGGGGGAGAAAGAGGAGGGAAACGGCAUCAUAACAUCACAACUCCGCCACUUCAUCGCACAACCUUACAUCCACCCACCUUUACUCCUCUCCCCUCCGAACGCCGCCUCUUCAGAAUUACGGAAAUUCCAUAUCCGGACUUACGUCCUCGCCACAUCCGCUCUGCAGGUAUUCGUCUACCGCCCCAUGCUCGCCCUCUUCGCUGCGCGUCCCUACGUCCCUCCUUGGGACGACGUGUUGCAGGAAGAUCGCGAUGAGGCAAUGCGAGCGCAUCUGACAAAUACGUGUUUACAAGACAGUGGGGAUAGGGAGGGCAGUGUAGGGUUAUUCUGGUCUCUCUCCGACUCUUUACCCCAACAGCCCGAGGGGGUGAAGUUGGAUGUGAGGGAAGACUGGAAGGAUAAAGUAUUCUCGCAGAUCAAGGAAACCACAAGCGCAACGUUUGAAGCUGCGGCGAGGGGGAUGUCGAUUCAUUUCCAGCCGCUGCCUAACAGUUUCGAAAUCUUUGGCUUGGAUUUCAUGGUGGGCAUUGAACCGGAUGGCGAGCUCAAUACGUAUCUACUAGAGGUGAAUGCGUUUCCGGAUUUCAGGCAAACGGGUAGCGAGUUGAGUGGCAUGAUCGAGGGGCUUUUUGAGGAUGUGGUUAAUAAGGGGGUUAUGCCUUUCUUUGGGGUUGGCGCAGAGGAUGGAAAGGUGCAGGAGGGAGAUGACGGGAUGGUCAAGGUCUUGGAUAUUGAUCUGGGACGGCGGUGA